CCUGCAAGAAUUACGCACAAGACGUUCCUUGAUAUUCUGGGGCUGGAAUGAGGAAGACUAACUAUAGCCACGAGUCGGAUUUAAAAACGAAAAUUAAAACUAAAUUCACCGGCCAUGACGGGCUUUUUUUAACGGAUGAACUAAAUGGACAUCUAACCGCCAUGUAGUGUUAACAGUACUAAGUGAGGAAGCAUAUCUAAAUUGUGGUUUUUUUGGAAGUACAUGUAAAAAAGUUUUUUUGUGUUUUCGGGAAACAUUUUCGAGGUUCCGGUUCCAACAUGUCCUCCGAGAGUUUUGUCAGCAAGAGUCAUCGCGUAACAUGCGAAGAGGACAUCUUGGGUAUUCCUGACCUGGUAACGGCGCGAGAGUACAUGAAAAGUUGGGGGGUCAAGAAGAAAGGGAUCCGAAACACGGAGGAUGCCAUCCAAGUCCUGGUCGAGCAUUGGCGGGAAAAAGAGAAACAGUCGAAAGAGCUGGUUAAAAAAGAGGGCGAAAGCGAGAUAUCAAAUGAAUUCCAGCAAGCCAUUCUCGACGAUCAUCGGAAACGUGAAAAAUUGGUCAUAAAAAUUGACGAGACACUCGGUUUUUACCAAAGGUUACCAAGACAACAGAAGAACGACCUUGAACGAUUCAUCACUGACCUAGUUCAUAAGUGUGAGGUCAAGAAGCAUGAAUUGAUGUCCCCAGAGUGUACUAUACUUGUUGCAGGCGAGACUGGAGCGGGUAAAAGCAGUUUCAUCAACCUCCUAUUGGAGACUAAUCUUCUGCCAACAAGUCAGCUUGCCUGCACCAGUACUUUCUGUGAGCUGCACAAAAGCAGGGACAACCGAAAGGUCGCCACUUUAUACUACAAAGCGUUAGAAGGACCCGGAAGCGAGAGGUCCCCUGUGAAGAUCGACAUCGGUACAGAGGAGAGACUAAAACAAUUGGCUGUGGAAAUCUCGAGGAUCGACGAGACUACAGACGAGAGCCCAUACGAGAGGAUCGUUAUUCAGUACCCGUUUCCAUUGCUGGAGAAAGGUAUAGUGCUGGUGGAUACCCCGGGUAUUGGAGAGAGUAAAACUCUGGUCAAACACGUCAGUCGAUAUCUGGAAAAGUCCUUUGGCUUCAUUUACGUCGUCAACAGCUCCAACGCAGGAGGGGUACACGAAGGGAGGUUGAAGGACUUUUUGCGGACCGUUAUCAGUAAUGCUGAAAAGGAACUCUACCAUGACAGCACCCUGUUUAUUUGCAAUAAAUGGGAGACCGUGCCCGACAAAUAUAAAGAGGAAGUCCGGAUCGAUACGAUGCGAAAGCUACAGAAGUUUUUCUCUAAUAUCACAGAGGACCAGCUCUUCUUUAUGUCUGUUGGCGAGGCACAAAGACAUUACGAUACUCUCGGCAAAAUGUCACCAGAACAUCACGCUAUGUUGUCUGGGAUACAGCGCCUACUUCCGGCGAGCCUAGAGAACAAAUUAAACAUUCAUUACAGAUUCCUUUCCCAAAUCCUGAAAAGGUCCAUUUACUCAUUGAAAGUUGCGCAGAACAUGGCCAAAUGCAGCAAAGAAGAGAAAGAGAAGUUGAUUAUGGACAUCAAAUCGCGAAUGCAGACAAUUCAGUGUAAAGCUAUGCGUUCAGUGGACGAUCUUCGAAGAGGAAUGGAAUACGAAACCAACAGCCUUUAUGAUACAUUGAGAAAGGUAGUCAACACACCGGAAUUCCGAAGAGCCUGCGGCCACUGGGAACCACGUGAGUGCCCCGGUUCCAAAGAUACAAAGAAACUAAUAGGAGACGCUUCGGAGCUGAUCGAAAACCGCGUGUGUAUGAAUGUGGACAGCUGGGAAAAGAAGUUCCAGGUGAAAAAGACUCUGAAAGAAAAGAUCAUCUCCAAACUUAAAAGAGACUGCGAGUUGAUGGAAGACCAGAUCCGAGAAAUAGAAAGUACUCUUAUUGCCGGUGAAAAUGUAAUUAUAAGAGAUCUUCAUGCAACUAUGAAAGGUGAUCCAAGAGGCAAGAAAAUGAAAAACAAAAAGAGGGGAAAAGACGACAAGUCUUCGGACAUGAACGUCCGGUCGUUAGGGGGUGCUGUAAGCAUAACAGGAAGAUUCGAUAGUAACAAAGCAACAAAGAAAUUUUUCAAAGAUUUCAAGAAGAAAGCGCCAGAAAUAAGUAUGGCAGAAGCAACGGAUCUCUAUAUCCAAAACAUUGUCAACUCAAAAGAUCUUCUGAAAAAUAUAGGAAACUUUCUGAAUCGUUAUAUAAAAGGAAUUGACUUGGUGGCACGCAAAAUUCCGGAUUUCAUUUCUUCAGAUGAAAACAUGCUUAUAGAAAUGCAAAAACAACUGCAGGAAUCUGCCGAGAACAUGUUGGAAGUGCCCAAAAUGAUUCGAGAAUGUAGCAUGAUCCAGGGAGAUUUAGACAUGAUAUAUGUUAACGAUAUCAUGCGGAAAGACUAUCGUCUGCGAGAUUUGGAAUGGAGCGAUAGAACAAAACUUGGCAGUGGGGCGUUUGCCGAGGUGUAUGCCGCCAAGUUGCGCCAGGGUGACAGGUCUGUGGAUGUGGCUCUGAAGUGGUUCAAAGACCGGAUAAAACCUAGUACCGUCACCGACAUUUUACUGGAGGAUCGCACGAUGAGAGAGAUGAAGCACCGCAAUCUAAUUCGCUACUACGGUUGUACCUUACAAGUCAAGUCAUCAAAUUUGCACUGGAUUAUGAUUUUGGAAUACUGCAAGUGCACACUAAGAGAUAAAGUUAUACACGAAGACUAUCAAAAUCCCGGAAAAGUCGACCAUUCACUGCAGCAAACACCAAAGUUAGAAAUGGCGCGGUAUGCGUCACAGAUUUGCCAAGGUUUAGAAUUUCUCCAUGGAAAAGACUUGGUGCACCGAGAUUUAAAACUGGAGAAUAUUCUGCUUACAAGUGAGGACUUGAUAAAGCUAACCGAUGUUGGACUUUCUAAACCACAAACCGAUAUCUCGGGGACCCUGGCCGGAUCCCCGGUAUACAUGGCACCGGAAGUCCACCUCCAGAGAGGAAUAUACAACAGAAAGGCUGACAUAUUUAGCCUUGGUAUUAUGUUGUGGGAAAUGUGGUAUGGCGAGGACGCCGCAGACCACAUUUCCUCUGUUCUUUCAGCUAAAGGUAUCAGUGCGAGGAAUCUAGGCAUAGAGUACGAGGACGGUUUAAGACCAAAAAUGUACGACCGGUAUAGACCGGAUCUAGAAUGGAGCAAUUUAAUCGUCCAAUGCUGGGCCCUGGAGGCUAAGCAAAGGCCGGAAGCUAGACACGUGCGCAGGUUUUUUGACGAUUUCCUGCGUUUGAAUCAGCCAAUGAAAUGAGUGUUACGGUAGUGUGACGUUUUUGAUGACUAGUGUACGCAAUACAGUGCAUCCCAUGAAUGAACAAAAUUUAACCUAAUUAAUUAGAAUAUAGAUAUUCCAAUACAAAUUAUCAAAAUAUAGAUGUAAUAAAAUGAUAAUUAUGUAUCAUUAUAUUAUUAUAUUUCCCCAUUCAUUACUUAAGCAGUUGCUCUUUUAACGCAAGCUACAUGUAUUUUCUAUGCAUACCGAUACAAUAAAUGUGUCAUUAACCCGUUUUUAAAACUGUUUAAUCAUUGAUAGCGUAACAUAACACAUUGCCUUGCUUAAGCAGAAUUAAGAAUUAUUAUAAUAAGCAGAAUUUAAGUUCAGUAUACGAAUAUCAAUUGUCCGUGGUGCAACUCAAAUUAAUUAUCAUAAAUUGUGGUGCACAGAACUGUUGCUCAGUGUUUUAUGACUUUAAACGGACUUUUCAAAAUACAU